AAAAAUUUAUGUGUGCAAAGGUACAUGGCGCUUUUCAGUUUCGGCGGCUUAGUUGGAUUAUUUCGUCCCUGGUUUUUUCUUGAUUGUUUCUCAGACAAUUUGUCUUGACACUUGUACUUAUCUGUUUCAGCAAUUAUGCCGGAUAGCAACGCUGUCAAUGGCGUCACGUUAUCAGAUAAGCCGGAAAAGUUCAUUAAUACGAUUGACCCUGAAGAUCCAGAGUAUCAAAAGAGUUUGAUGCGCCCUGCUGCAAUCAAAGAAGAUGUUAACUUAAUGAUACAAAGAAGGCGUGUAUCGGGCAUAUUAAAGUCUGAAGCGUUUCGACGAGAACUAGAAGAGGUAGUACGAUCACAGUGUCAGUCGGGUGACUACCCUGGCAUGAGCACCAGCCUUCUGUCUCUUCAACACAUAUCGGAUUUAUUCAAUUCAGCUCCUUCUGGACAACCUGUCAGUGGAGGUGGAUUUUCAAGAGGCCAUCGAAGUGGUGUUAUUCCCAUAAACGACCUUCGUGGUGGUGAUGCUGCUGUGUAUUCUCGUCGCGAGCGUUCUCUUCGGUGCAAGUUGGCUUCAGUAUAUCGUCUAAUUGACCUCUUUGGUUGGAAUUCUAGUAUCUAUAAUCAUGUGACUGUAUGUGUAAGCCGCAAUCAUGAACAUUACCUAGUGAAUCCUUUCGGCCUGCUUUAUCAUGAGAUAACUGCUUCUUCUCUUAUAAAAGUUGACUCCAAAGGUCAAAUACUUGAUCCAGGAUCUACUAUACUGGGUGUCAACCAAGCGACAUGGGCUUUACACUCUGCUGUACAUUCAGCUCGAGCAGAUAUACGAUGCAUAAUACAUUUGGAUACUCCAUCAACCGUUGCUGUAUCUUGUAUGAAGUCUGGUUUAUUGCCUUUGUGCAACGAAGCAAUGAUCUUGGGCGAAGUUGCAUAUUAUACACCAACCGGUGGAUUGAACUCCAGAACGAAUAAUGAUACAAAUGGGGAGUUCAGCGAUGCUAAGGAUUGGGCAGCUGAGUGCGCAGCUGUUAGUGAAGCCUUAGGUCCAACCGCUCGUAUUCUGUUUCUACGAAGUUUGGGGUUGCUUGCUUUGGGCGAGACUGUUGAAGAGGCGUGGCACUAUGCAACCAAUGCGAUUGUAGCAUGUGAUACUCAACUUUUGUUAGCCUCAGUGGGCUCUGAAAACCUUAUACUUCCAACGGAGAAACUGAAACAAAAAACAUAUGAAACCUGGAGAACAGCGGGGUUGGGUGGUCUUAGUGGACCGGAAGCUGCACUAGCAAUGAGGCUGUCUUCACCUAAUAGAUCUCACAGCGGUGAGAGAGGACAUCAUUCUGCGACAAAUGGAUUCGCAUCAGAUCGUUCAAAUGCAGAAAACACUUUAACAAGGCCGUGGCGCCUUGGUGAGCUUGAAUUCGAAGCUAUGAUGCGUCAUUUAGACAAUGCUGGAUGCCGUACAGGCCAUCUUUACAGACAGGAGGCUAUGGCAAGUCCACAUAGAUCUCGAAAAAGCAGAGUUAUAAACGGUCAUGGAGCCAGUAGUCAAGAUGAUGAAAUACAAAUUCCACCAUCUGCAUCAUCUGUAACUGCUACAAUGGCUUACUAUUAUGACGAUGGAGUUCUUUCAGGUGAUGAGACUGACACACCUAGACCCUCAACUCUGAGGCGCGAAUUUUCGGAGAAGCGAUGGUUCAAUACGCCAAAUAAAUACACCAAGGAGGUAAUUGAACCUGCCCCAGGUCAUCAACCAGUUUCACACUGGGUUUGUGAACGAGAAGCGGCUGUUCAUAAUGCAAUAUGUAAUGGUGCUCUACCUCCUCCAGCACCAUUUCAUCCUUUAACUCAUGGAGCAGUACCACUUGGUUCGACUGGUGGACCAGCGACAGGCACUUCUUCAGUCCUCUCACCGUACAAUGUUUUCGCCCCUCAAGGGUCUAAUCCGAAAGAAUAUCGUGACCAACAGAAGAAGGUCAAAGCGAAGUAUUACCAUGAUACCAAUACAGCUGGACCUCAGUCUCGAUUACUGGAUGGUCUUACAUGGGAUGAAGCUAGACGUGUUCGUGACGAAGGCCUAGUGAAAGUGCUUGGUCCAAGAGCUGCUGCUUUAGUAGCGGGUGGAGUUACUAGUGAAAUGCCUGUAGCUGCAGCCAGUAAAGCAAUCAUCCAGCGUGAUGUUCGUAAUGCAGCAGUUAUCUAUGAUGGUCUUUAUUCCCAUCAAAAUCCAUUUGAGAAAAUUACAGAUGAGGAAUUAGAAAUGUAUAGACGUGAAAUAGAGCUGAAAAAUAAUCCUGAAUUACUUGCUGAAAUGGAUCGUCGUCAUCAUGCUGCUGGUCAGGAUACAUCUUUCGAAGCACCUAGUAAUACUACACAUCUUAUGGAUUCGCUAGCGGUUGACAGUGGAGCUACAGACCUAGAAAGUGCUAGUGAACUUGGUCCAGGUCGUCUAGCACCACCAACUGCCACGGGAACGUUAACAUCGGAGCCGAGUGGAACAGAAGAUAUAAGUGAAAGUGAUGGUAAACAUAAGAAAAAGAAAAGGCGUUUCAAACUGCCAUCUUUCUCUUUGAAAUCUAAAGAUAAAUCAAAGAGCAAAUGAAGAGAAAAACAACAGUACUCAUCAUGAACGAAAUAAUCAAUCCAUUUUCCUUCAUCUUGCGGCAUAUUUGCAACACGAAGAUUCUUGCUUUCACCUCCCGCCCCACCACUUCCAUAUUAGUGAGACUACUCUUUCCCAUCAACAUGUUAAUGAAGCACCACACUAUACAUCUACAACAGCUGCCAGUUAAUAGAUUUGAUGAAGUGGCUGUGCCUUAAUUGUCUUUUUCUUGUUUUCUCCGCUAAAGUCCUAUUGCGUGUAUGUGAGUGAGUGAUAAUAAUUAUAAGGAAGUAAUUUUUCAUGAUUGCUAGCCUGUAAGUCUAUACACACCGAUUAGUUACGCUUACGUAAUGUUGUUAGAAUGUGAUUAUAAUUUCUCGUUCUGGUUCUCUUUCUUUCUUCAUACAAUUAUUGGUUAUUUCGCCUAAAAGGAACAAUUUUCACACAAUUUAGUAUAUGAAUAGCAAGUAAGUAAUUAAUGAAUAUUGUGGUGGUCUAAUUUGUCCCUGGAUUUGUUUAUUCUACAUCCUUGUUGAAGUUGUUGAUCUGUUCCCAACUGAAUAAUAAUAAUAGUAAUUUUAAUAUGCUUCGCUUUCCCUUGAAUGAUAUGAUUUUUUACAAAAAAACAACAACUAGGAUCUUCUGUUUUCUGUGUGAUCUUUCAUCCGGGAAAGAUCACUCCCCCCUGUUCUUUUUCUUACCUUAUUUUAGUUAAAUCUGCAUAACUGACUAAAAUAAUUUGUAAAGAACUACCACUACCCACUCGAAUUUUUCUAUUUUUAAUGUUGUCACUGAUGUAUUUGCUUCUGCUCCCUUUCUUUAAUUAAAUAAUUCGCUUGUUUUAAAAGAAAUUGCCUACUAAGUUGGAAAAUUCUGUUCAUAUAGUAAUAAUACACAUUACAUCUAUUGGUGAGUGUUUUCGAUUAACAUCAUUAGUUUACCAGUUGAUUUUGUUUAUGUAUAGAGAAAGAAAAUGUAGUCCUUUGUUCCUUCAUUACCCAUGGUGUGCGUGUAUUCAUUGAUUCAUUCAACUGUGCAAUUGUUCGUUGUUAGAACAUGAUUCUUAUGCUUCCCACUUCCAGCGUCGUAUUGAUUCGUCCGUUUGGCUUGUUUGUUUGUGUGACAUCAUAUUACUUUGUUUUGUCACCUUUAAUACUAUUGUUUCACCAUCUCCUUAUGUGUAUAAAUUUGUUUUUUUUUAAUGCAAUGCCAGCGAAGUCCUCUCUUCAUCUUGUCUAACACAGUCAAUAUACACAUCUUCGCUUUUCAUUUGUAUUCCGUUUAUUUUGUUAAAUUAUAUAUAUAUGGAAAAGUCUCCACAAACCUUGCUUCUUGUUUUAGCUACAAUGUGUGUGUAUGUAGCUAAAAUGAACCUCUAAUUUCUUUCCGUUGUUAGAAAAUUUCACUUCACUAUUUCUUUUGUUGACAGCGAAAUAAUUUUUCUUUUUCCUCUGAUUUAUAUUUCCCCUCCCCCUUCAAUCCUCUUACGCCUGUAAUCACGAAUAUGCCUCACUUAAUAUAUUGAUAUUUGUUGAGUGAUCAAGCAUUUAUGCGUGUGUUGUUUUAGAAUUUUCUUAAGUGCUCCCUAUGAUAUGAUAAUGUAGAAAGUUGGAUGAACGCAGAAGAGUGGUUAUUGUUGAGCUGAACGGUACACUGAUUAAUAUAAGAAUGGGACUUGGGCAGUGUGAUAGAGUAUGAUACCAUAAUAAAUUUGUUUGAUAUAAUCAUGCAGUCAUAUAGCGUUAUUUAUUGAUGAUGUUUUGAACACUAUAUAUUGUUUAUAAUCAUACCAAGGCAUUCACAUAACCUUUUAGAUUUUAUCUACAUAAUUCUAUUAUUUUUCAUCCUCUGAUUUUACUGGUGAUAUUUCCCAUAUCUCUUGUAUUGUGUUUGAGUCAUUCCUACUGCACAUGAUAGGUGUAGACUCAAUCAGCAAAGCUUCGGUGAUCAACUUUUUGAACUGUAGCUCUAUUGUGUGUUGAUUGUAAACUAUAAACUACUCAUCUUCGGGGUGUCUUUGAUUCCACACUUAGCUAAAUUCUUCUGCUCGGAUAAUAUGACUACCUCCGAUCUAUUGGUG